CCAAACAAAGAGGGCAGGAGCUUUUCAAACAGCAGCCUCCCAAAAAGUUGGCUGCUGCAGAGCUGGGCUGUACUGGGAUCCUGGCUGGCCACGGCCACCGGCGGAUGCAGCAGCGACAGCAAGUUGGUGCCGUCGCCUGGGAGGAUCCUGGCAGACGUCUUUAGUCCCUGGUAGAGAGUAGCUGCUGCGUGCUUUGUAUGGCCUCAUGGUGUAAGUGAGCAGGAUUUGAGCUGGAUUUCACCCUGCCCAAUCUGCCUUCGCUCACCUCCUGCUCCCCAGCUGGACUCUGACCCACAGCCUGCUUUUCAGCAUCUUCUCUGAGGUUAUGGGACAGUGUCGUCUCCAGACCUGAAGGGCAGCUUCUGCAGCACCAACUGUUUUCCAUGCAGUAGUUGUCGACGUGGGCAUUCCCAGUUCUGCUUGCUGUAACCUUCCAGGCUGCCAAGGAGACGUGAGGCUUCAGCAGGGAUCUGCCAGCCUCAUGCGGUGAACCGCUGCUUGCCAGGACUCGCACUGAGCUUCCUGAGAUACUGAGCUGCUGCUUGGGAUCCUGACUGCUCCUGGCUCCUCACUUUACUGCUGGCAGUGGGGAUUCAAUGUCCAGUUUGGAACGCUGGGCAGAGCCAAGCCUGUUGCCAUCUGCUGUGCCCUUGGUGGACCGGGGAACCUGGCUGAACCCCCUGUUCUGAGGGGGGCUCCGUGUGUGCCAGAGACAGGUUUUGGGCUGCCCCUAAUCGCUCUGGUGGGAAGAGCCACCUCUUUCCUCCUCUCCAGCUGGGAACUGGGUCACUGCUGGAAGCUGGGGAUGGCGCUGCAUGGACCUGGGGCCAGAAGCCUUGUGGCGGAGCACUAGAAGAGCCCAAGCAUCAUCUCGGUGGUGCCUGGGGGGCUGCCGGCGUCCCCACAGCCGCUGUGCUCUGGGGAUGUAGGUGCCGGGCGCAGGAGGGGUGCUGGGAGCGAUGGGCCGGUUGGACGACCACGCCAAGAGGAGGAUCGUGGAGCUGCGCAGGGCUGGGCUGAGCUUCCGCAAGAUCAAGAAGGUGCUGGAGCUGGACAACAUCCGAGUGACGCCACAGGCCGUGUACCUCUUCCUCAAGAGGAAGAGCAUGGAGCCGGGGGCGGCUGCAGCUGGCUGGGACGGGGAGCAGCCCUGGCCCCCGCUGCAGGGGCACAAGGCCGAGCCACCCAAGGUGCUGAGUGCCCAGCUGCCUGCAGUGCCUGGUGAGGGCCCCGUGGGUAGCCGGGCGCCCUGUCCCGCUGGCAGCCAAGCCGUCAAGGAGGGCGUUCGGCCUGUCGGCACGGCCUCACUCUGCAAGGACGGCGGGCAGCCUGGGGAGGCCCUGUCCGUAGGACGGCUCCCUGGGAAUGGCGAUGAUGGCUCUACAGGCACCCCCUUGGCUCCGGGGAGCUGCCCCGCUCCGGGGGGCCCGGCCACCCCUCCACAGCCCCUGCCCAGCCGAGGGCGGCCGGUCGCACCCCCUGCCAGGAACCCAGCCCUGACGGUGAAGAAGAUGAUCGUGGACAAGGCUGUCCUCCUGCAGAAAAAGGUCAAAGAUGCCAGCACUCAGACUGCCCUGCUGAACCCCACGAGUCCUGGAAAUCAAAACCUUGCUUGGGGCGGACCAGUGCUUCCCCCUGCUCCCAGCUCCCAUGCCGUUGCAGAAAAGCUGGAUGCUGUACAGCUGGAGAUCCAGAAGCUGAGCCAGGCCCUGCACGCAGUGCUAGAGAGGCAGUGCUGCCUGGAGCGCCAGCAGGAGCACCAGCAGCGGCUGCAGCAGGAGGUGCUGAUGACGCUGCAGCAGCUCAGCUCCACUGUGAGCCAUGGCGCCGUGCCUGCGAACCAGCCCUGCAUCCCCUUCAGCAGCAUGGCAGAGCCCUCGCCCACUGUGCCAAACUUGAGCCAGUUCAAGAUGGAGCUCAUCUGACCUCACACAACGCCAGCGUGCUCUAGCAGCGCUGCACUGAUGGCAGGAUGAAGCCAUGAAAAACUACCUUUCAGGGGCUGUGGCAGCUACCUAAGGAUUAUGUGGGGCAUCCUGCAGAGAUGGUCACUGGUGCCUCAUGUUUUCAGCCCUGUUGACUAAAAGGGGCUGCUUGGCACAAGGGGCCGGGCAAUGGAAAGCUGAGGCCUCACUUCUCCCAUGCUGCUCAUCCCGGUUGGCACUGGAGCUGGCUGGUGGCCCAUGGACUUGAGCAGCACAGGCAGCCUGCCUGCAAGUAGAAGAUGCAACUAAGAGAGACACAGCAGGUAGGUGGGUCUCAAAGAAAAGGCGAGGCUUCCUCUCACGAGAGUCAGAGCCGUGAUAGGCAAUCACAGAAACACUUCAUGCCCUCCAUUUGCAGAGCUUUGCUCAGUAAAAAUCUAUAUACACCAUGGUUCAGAAA